CGGGGCUGGGGGUCCCGGCCCGGCCAUGAGUGCCCACCUGGCCAUGCCGCCCUACCUGCCCUACCCCGGCGCGGUCAGGUAUGGGGACUACUACUGGCUCUCUCCAGGGAGCAUGGACAGCGUGCCCGCCGAGGAGGCUCCGGCGGCGGACGCCCUCCCCUUCCCCGCGGCGGAGAAGACGCCCAGCCACCCAGAUGUCUCUCCGGCUUCCUCCAGCUCUGGGACACUCAUCCAGUACACCCCCGACUCUGCCACUAGCCCCACCGCAGAGCGCCCAUCUCCCCAUCCCUCUUUCCAGAAGGUCAAGGAGGAAGGUGAGGGUGUGGUGAAGAAGGCCAAGAGCCGCACAGCCUUCUCCCAGGAGCAGCUGCAAAUUCUGCACCAGCGGUUCCAGAGCCAGAAGUACCUCAGCCCCCAGCAGAUCCGGGAGCUGGCUGCUGCCCUGGGGCUCACCUACAAGCAGGUGAAAACAUGGUUUCAGAACCAACGGAUGAAAUUUAAACGUUGCCAGAAGGAGAGCCAGUGGGUGGAAAAAGGCGUGUAUCUACCACAGAAUGGGUUUCAUCAGGCUGCAUACCUGGAUAUAACCCCCACAUUUCACCAGGGCUUCCCUGUUGGUGCCAGCAGAAACCUUCAGGCUGUGACCAAUGUGCACCAGGCUUACAGCAGUGGCCAGACUUAUGGGAAUGGGCAGAGCCUGUACUCGUUCAUGGCUGUGGAGGAUGAAGGGCUCUUUGGAAAAGGUGGGACAAGCUGCAAUACCCAGCAAGCCAUGGGUUUAUUAAGCCAGCAGAUGAACUUCUAUCACGGCUACCCUGCUGAUAUGGAUUAUGUCAGCCUGGAGUCAGAAGACACCUACGGCUUCCAGAGCACCUCUGACAGUGUCACACCGUUCUCAGGUUCUCCUGUACGGCAUCAGUACCAGGCCCCUUGGCAUCCCCUGGGGACCCAGAGUGGUUAUGAGUCUUAGGGCUAAGUAUUUUUUUCCUCCCUUCUCCUGUUUUCUCUCAUGGGGUUUCUAGGGUCUUGACUCAGGGAUCCAGUUUCCGCUCCUUUCUCUUGCCUCUCCUCCUCUACUCCUGUUUUAACCAUUGGUGGGGCUCAGCACCCUGCUGCCUUGGGCUAGUUUUCUGUUUAAAGGCACCUGUCUGUUCAUAGCUGACCCUUGCCAAGAGUGUUUUGUGUGUGGAUAGAUGAAACUUCAUUCAUGGAGGCAAAUGUGCAAUGCCACACCCAGGAGCAGCAGAGAUGGUAGAGGUCAGUGUUUGCUGUCCAAGUCUUGCCUUCCUCUGCUGCCUCUUUAGCAGGUGAUCUCUGAUCCUCUGUGUGUCUUGCAGCAGAGAUUUGCUGGAGAAGAAAACCACUGUACUUCAGCAUAUUUCUGCUAGAAGUACCCUGUUGUAGCCCAGAAUCUUUCCUGCUGUCUUACCUAUUUCAGUUGCUACCUCAGUCAGCUAACUGCUACUACGUUCUUCAUCUGCAUCUUCUCCUCCCUCACCGAAAAGCUACGAGAUCAUCUGAUUUCAGAUGAUUUGAUCAAGUUACUCUCAGCAACUCCUCCUGGAGGGGUCAGCACCUGCCUACCCCUUGCCUGCUGCACUCCUGUGUACAUAGGGCAGUUGAGAGGAGGGGACGAGCAGAGGAGAGAAAAUGGGGUAGAGUAUUGCCCAUAUCUCACGUGGAAACUUUGGUUUCCAAAGCUGCUAACUUACGUGUGCCUGUCAGCUCAUUCAGGAUGGUGUCUCUGGGACUGUCCCCACCCAGUUUAGAUCUUGCCUUUCUACAUCUCUCUGCUGAGAGACUGGUGGCUUGUCCCAACCUGCAAAUUGUAGCAGAGGGUAGCCCAAAGUGCCACUUUUGGAAGUGUGAGGAGUGGCUGUGUGUAGUCAUCUUUGGAGUGGUGAGAACAGUCUGCUUCCCUGUACGUGAUGGUCCCCUAGCACUUCACAAACACAGCACCACUACAGUGCUGCUUUCUCUGGGGUAGAGGCAGGCAGCUAGGUGAAGGACACGGUUAUUUUAAAGGUGAUGUUUAAUGUUGCUUAUCCUGGAACCUGGAUG